CUGGGUGUAAAGUGAAUGACGAUGCGCGUUGCAUGUUGUUUGUAGUCGUCUGAUGUCUUUGAGUACAGUGAAGAUGUCAAGAGCAGUGGGACAGAGGAGUCACUGGCCAACUUUGAAGACAAGGAUACUUUGACUGGAUGACACAUCUGGGUCAGUGAAGUGCCUCAAUUUUUCUGCUGGACUGAACAUUGACAUUCGGAAGCUGCUCUUGUAACCCAACACAUAUUAACAGUCAAGAUAUAAGUAUACUAAUCCACCAUGAGUGCCCAAGUGGAGGCGGACGUCCGCACCAUAUCUCCUGAGAUGCCUGCCAUGUUUGAUGGCAUGAAGCUGGCUGCUGUAGCCACGGUGUUGUAUGUCAUAGUGCGGAGCUUGAACCUAAAGUGUCCCACGGCGGCCCCCGAUAUCACCUGUCAAGAUACCCUCCUCAAUCGCUACCUGCUCAAGUCUUGCCCCAUCCUAACAAAAGAGUACAUCCCUCCUUUGUUAUGGGGAAAGAGCGGACAUCUCCAAACUGCUCUUUAUGGGAAGAUGGGAAGGGUAAAGUCCCCUAAACCUUGUGGGCUGCGUAAGUUUCUGCCCAUGCCAGAUGGAGCCACUGCCACCUUUGACCUGUUUGAGCCACAAGGUGUCCACAGUACAGGAGAUGACAUCACCAUGGUGAUCUGUCCUGGGAUCGGUAACCAUAGUGAGAAGCAUUAUAUACGGACCUUUGUGGAUUAUUCACAGAAACAAGGCUACAGGUGCGCCGUUCUCAACCAUCUUGGAGCGCUACCAAACAUUGAGCUGACUUCCCCGAGGAUGUUCACCUACGGUUGUACCUGGGAGUUUUCAGCCAUGGUGGGCUACAUUAAACGCACAUUCCCACAAACUCAGCUCAUCGUGGUGGGCUUCAGUCUGGGAGGGAACAUUGCCUGCAAGUACCUGGGUGAGAAUCGAGCCAAUCAAGAGCGAGUGCUGUGCUGCGUCAGCGUCUGCCAGGGCUAUAGUGCUCUGAGGGCUCAGGAGACAUUUCUACAGUGGGAUCAGUGCAGAAGGCUGUACAACUUCCUCAUGGCAGACAACAUGAAAAAAAUUAUUCUGUCUCACAGGGGAAGUUUAUUUGGUAUGAGCUCAAGCAAAAUGGAGCCUUCCGACCUCAACCGGCUGUAUACAGCCACUUCAAUUAUGCAGAUUGAUGACAACAUUAUGAGGAAGUUUCAUGGACACAACUCCUUAAAGGAGUACUAUGAGAAGGAAAGCUGUGUGCGUUAUAUUCACAAUAUCAGCGUUCCUCUCCUCUUGAUGAACUCUUCAGAUGAUCCAUUAGUCCACCAGUCACUGCUGACGAUACCUCGCACACUAGCAGAAAAGAAGCACAAUGUGAUCUUCGCACUGACACUACAUGGAGGUCAUCUCGGCUUCUUUGAGGGCGCUGUUCUUUUUCCUCAACCACUUUCCUGGAUGGACAAAGUCGUAGUCAGUUACGCCAACGCUAUCUGCCAGUGGGAGAAACACAAGCCGCAGUGCCAGUAGGAGAAAUAAUGCUUUGUGCAACACUAAUCAUAACACUUUAUGGUGUAUGGUUUGCUCUGAGUUGAGGUUAGAUGAUGGUUUAUAAAGGUCUGACUCAACAGAGUUUGCUCUGACCUUCAAGCAGGAAUUUGAAAGAAAGCAUAUGGUAAAAAAUAACUCUUACCAUAAGUUAAGACAGAUGUCAGUGGUGUAUCACUACAAAGCCUGACAAACUGCAGAGGGAUUCAUAAAAUGUUUUUGAAAAGGUUAUAGUAAACCUUGUGGAAAAACAUACUUGGCAAGAGGAGAUGGUAACGUUAAGACUAAUAACUGUUGUAACUGGUUCACCAGCUGUCAUUUACGUAGAUUUGUUGUCAGCGUAUCUCAAAUAAUAACUCAUCAAAUCGCCUUUGCGAGAUGUUGAAUGGUUAAUAUUUAGUGAUAAAAUUCAAUAGAAUUUGAAAAUUUGCACUUACAUUGAAAUGGUCCUCAUUUUCUUU